AUGUGGGAAUUUAUAUAUGGAAUUCCUCCAUUUGAUAAUGAAGCUCAUGAUUUUCAACUUAGCUUGGAUAUUUGCAAAGGUGAACGUCCUAAAAUUAUUAAAAAUAUUCCACAAUGUUAUAUAAAUUUAAUGAAAAAAUGUUGGAAUAUUGAUCCAUUAAAAAGACCAACUGCAUCAGAAAUUAAAAAUAUUAUUAAAA